CAAAAUAACAAGAGAAUUGAAGAAGCCUUUUGAUGUCCUUAUCCCACCUUCAAGCUCGGCAAACUGGAGCACGCUGGUUAAACCGAAUCUUUGUGGAGAGGUAGAGAGAGAUUUAUCAAAAACCCUAGUGUACCCGUAGCCCUAACCAUCUUCUACGUGACAACCCGCGAACUACCUACAAGGCAGGCACGCUUGAUCUAUUUCAUCAGUGGAACAGCGGAGAAUGAGUUACUGGGAGGCCUAGCAAUUCUCCAUUUUCCUUGCUAUGCCAUGCCAUCUCCCUCUACUCUCAUUCUGGAUGUUCGUCAGCAAAACCCUGAUUUUAAUGUCAAAUUUAACUAGGAUCCUUAGCAGCAGUCUUCACCAUUGUGCAGCUCAUCUGUUUUGUUGCCUUGUUACCUUCUUCCGAUUACAUUCCAGCAAGAAGGUUGUGUUCAACCCAAUACAAGCUGUUUAAAUUUCAUGCUCUUCUUCAAUGACCGAUUUCUUAUAAGCCUUAAUCAUUCACAUUAGGGGAGAAAGAGGGAAGAUAUUGAGAGAGAGAGAGAGGGAGAGGGAGAGGUUUUUUAGCUAAAAUCCUAGCUAUCCUUCUUUUUCUUUCCCGCUCUGCCUUCUUCACCACAAGCUAUGGCGGAUACCUAGUUUUUAAUCAAGCAAUUGACUUAAUGGAUGCUUGAUUACUCACUUGAAUCAAACCCACUUCCAAAAACCUCUGCUUUGAACAUGAGGCAUGUAAAAUCUUUUAUUGGUCUCUAUAUUGUUUUUCAGUUGAGGAUCCGCGGGUACAUACCAGCGUAGCCCCAUCUUUUUCUUCCUUCUUUUUUUAACUACUACUCAUUUUUGCUUACAAACCCUUAGCUCCCCACUUGUUUUUUCAUGAAGUCGGUUAUCUUCCUUCGAUUUUCAAUCCCUCGACAAAAAAUCCAUUUUUAAAAAGCUCCCCUUUCAGCGAGGCUCAGAAAAUUUUUAGGCGCAUUCUUCGUAAUUUCCCCUUUGUCAAUGAGCUGGACUUUCCUCAAUGUUGUGGGGAUGCUCAGUUUCGGAUUUAGCAGCCAAGUUUGCCUUCUUUCCACCACAUCCACCAACCUAUGGCAUCAGGAAUGAUGAAGCUUGUGGAGGGAAGCUGUUGGUUACUGGCAUUCCCAGGGACCCCUCCAUGGAUGUGCUAAUGGUCGACAACAGAAGAGGGAAUAAGAUUGUUGCAUUCUAUUUCAGAAAUCCAUAUGCAAGGCUCACAGUCCUUUACUCCCAUGGCAAUGCUACUGAUCUUGGACAGCUCUAUGAACUCUUUGCUCAGCUCAAGGUCAAUCUCAGGGUUAAUUUGAUGGGAUAUGACUACUCGGGGUAUGGGGCUUCGUCCGGUAAGCCAAGUGAGUACAACACUUAUGCAGACAUAGAAGCGAUCUAUGAGUGCCUUCAAACUGAAUAUGGAGUGAACCAGGAAGAUCUAAUACUGUAUGGCCAAUCCCUUGGUAGUGGACCCACAUUACACUUGGCAGCGCGUUUGCCAAGACUGAGAGGUGUUGUGCUUCAUAGUGCAAUAUUAUCCGGCCUCCGGGUUCUAUGUCAUGUAAAUUUCUCAUUCUGCAUGGAUAUUUAUAAAAAUGUUAACAAGAUUAAGAAGGUGAAAUGCCCGGUACUUGUAAUCCAUGGAACUGAUGAUGAAGUUGUGAACUGGCAUCAUGGAAAUAAGCUGUGGCAGUUGGCUCGAGAGCCUUACGAUCCCUUGUGGAUCAAAGGUGGUACACACUGCAAUCUCGAGCUCUACCCUGACUACAUUGUCCACCUCUCCCAGUUCAUCAAGGAGAUGGAAAAUGUUACCACAGUGCAAAGGCUUAAGAAGCUGCGCCGUUCUAUUCGAAGGCCUGGAGCUGAUAUCAAAAGUACUACUACUUUCACAGCAAAUUGUUGCUGCAGUAUUAGAAUCCAGAAGCCAAACUGCUCAAACUGCUGCUGCAGUUGGAAUGGAUUCAUUUCUUUGGGUUGCUGGAAAGGAUCAUCAUAUUUCUGCAACUGUUGUGGGCUAAAUAGCUAGUUGUGAUGAUGACAGGUUUUUCUAUCUGUUCAGGAACUAAUGGCCCCUUCAACCUCUUUAUAAUGCUGUAAGGAGGCGGAAACAAUGAUCUCAGUUACACCACAGAUGAAGAUGGGUUUGAUAUAAUGCGUGUUAUUUGUGGCAUUUUAUUUUCUUUAUUUCAGAUGAUUCUUCUUUGAAUGCUUUCUCAAAAUUUUAGCAGAUUGUGCCAUCAUGCAGUGUCGUCCGGUUGAAUGCUAAUG